CUUCGCCGAAAUCAGGAUAUUUGGAGAGAGAAGGAAAGUAACACGAUGGUGCUACAUUGUAUGAAUUUUAGGAACAUAACUUGUAUCUUAUUCUGAGCAACACUGAUGAAAGCGACGUAUAUAUUUUUCCUUAAAGGUUGCAUUAAUCAGGGUGGUAGAGAAGAUGUUGCUGGUCACAGGAUGUGGUGAUGAGGCAGUCAUCUGAAGGAUGAUUACUCUUUCGCCCCGCUGUGAGUGGUUGGAGAUAACAGAGACGGAUCGUCAGGCAACGCCCAUUUCUGGAGGCGAGUCGAGCAAACUCAGAUAGGAUGGCGUCACAGGAAGGGGGGGAGCCGCCUCCUAACGGCAGCCAAUCAGACAGCCGGUUGAAGAGCAAGAAGCCGCCCAGCCUGGUCAUAGCCAUCCCUGCGCCAGAGGAAGAAGAGAGGGUUGAAGAGGGAGAUGAAACGGUCAAGCAGCCCCUGCGUUCGUCCCUGAAGAAGAGUGAUAGCCAGCAGCAGGCCAGUCCUCUGUCUGACAGUGGUGCUGAUGGUGGUGGUGGUGGUCACUCUGUUGGGGACAGGAGGGCAGCCUUCCACAGACAGACCUCCCUGUCUCAGAGCAUACGCAAGAGUACAGCCCAAGUUACAGCCCAAGCAGCUGGUUGGUUCGGGGUGGGUGAGGACUGUGAGACCAAGCAGCAGCUAUGGCAGAGGAAGAGCCUGCGCCACUGCAGCCAGCGCUACGGCAAGCUCAAGGCCCAGUACAGAGAGCCGGAGCUCCCCAUCAGCAUGGACCAGGGCCUGGACUCACCCGCCGCAAACAAGAUUCCCAAGAUUGUGGACCCCCUAGCGCGGGGGCGAGCGUUCCGCUACCCGGAUGAGACGGACCGACCUCCCCGUACCCCCCACACGGGACCUGUCACCCCGCGGUUCUCCUCCCAGCGUUCCAGGGGCUACGCCCACCUGCCCCGGCGCAAGAGGGAGUCUGUCGCCCGCAUGAGUAUACGAGCAGCGUCCAACCUACUCAGGGGUCGUUCAGGUCCAGUGGGCUCCCAGACAAGUCGUAGUUUCCGCCGGCGGAGCUUCGCCCGGCCCAGCUUGCUGGAUGAGGAUACUGUGGACUCGGCAGACACUCACGAGUCUGUCUUCUUCAGCAAGGUGGAUGCCCAUGAUGAGUUGUACUCCAUGGCUGAUGAUGUGUUCGAGUCUCCCCCUAUGUCGGCUUCCUAUGGAGGUCACCAUGAGCCCUACCAGAGCCUGGAUGUGUCUAAAACCCCCACCAUGCAUAUUGAGAAGGCCAGGUCACAGCAGCGGGGGCGUCGUAUCGCCUCCCAGGUCAAGCACUUUGCCUUUGACAAGCCCAAGCGGCAGUACGGCAUGGGCGUGGUGGGAAACUGGCUCAACCGUCACUACCGCCGCAGCAUCAGCAGCCAGGUGCAGAAACAGCUGGACGACUUCAGCAGCCACAGACCGUACUUCACCUACUGGAUCACCUUUGUCCACGUGGUCAUCACCAUCCUGGCCUGUGCUACCUAUGGCUUUGCCCCUGUGGGGUUCGCCCAACACUCCACCACUGAACUGGUGUUGAAGAACAAGGGCAUCUAUGAGAGUGUCAAGUUCAUCCAGCAGGAGAACUUCUGGAUCGGCCCCGGCUCUGAGGACCUAAUUCACCUUGGGGCCAAGUUCUCCCCGUGUAUCCGCAAGGACAGCCAGAUAGUCAGUCUCAUCCAGAAAGCCAAGGACCAGGAGAGAGAGUCAGGCUGCUGUGUACAGAACGACAACUCGGGCUGUGUCCAGACCCUCAGCAACGACUGCUCGGAGUCAUUGGCCACCUUCAUGAAAUGGAGGAAUGCAUAUGUGGACAUUCUGAGGUCAUCAGGCUCUGUGUGCCACCAGGACCCCAGGACCUGUGAAGAGCCCGCCUCAGCAGAGCCUCACAUCUGGCCCGAUGACAUCACACAUUGGCCGAUCUGUACCUCCCCACGUAAGACGAACCUGACAGGCUACAGACACAUGGACUGUAACCUCAAGGGACGACCCUGCUGCAUAGGAACUAAGGGCCGGUGUGAGAUCACUACGAGAGAGUACUGCUCCUUCAUGCACGGUUACUUCCACGAGGAGGCCACCCUCUGCUCCCAGAUCCACUGUCUGGAUGAGGUGUGUGGCCUCCUGCCCUUCCUCAACCCUGACGUCCCUGACCAGGUCUACAGGCUGUGGCUCUCCUUGUUCCUACACGCAGGCCUCCUCCACUGCCUGGUGUCAGUAGUGUUCCAGAUGACUAUCCUAAGAGACCUGGAGAAGCUGGCUGGCUGGGUCCGCAUCUCCAUCGUCUACGUCCUCUCUGGCAUCACCGGCAACCUGGCCAGCGCACUCUUCCUCCCCUACAGAGCUGAGGUUGGCCCAGCUGGCUCCCAGUUCGGGCUGCUUGCCUGCCUGUUUGUGGAACUCAUCCAGGGCUGGCAGAUGCUGGAGAAGCCGUGGAAGGCCUUCCUCAAGCUGGUGGGCAUCGUCUUCUUCCUGUUCCUGUGUGGCUUGCUGCCCUGGAUCGACAACAUCGCCCACAUCUUCGGCUUCCUCAGCGGCCUGCUGCUCUCCUUCGCCUUCCUGCCCUACGUGACGUUCGGCGACUUCGACAAGUACCGAAAGCGUGUCCUCAUCCUGCUAUCGCUGCUGGUCUACCUGGGCCUGCUCUCCUCGCUGGUCGUCUGGUUCUAUAUCUACCCCAUCAACUGGCACUGGCUGGAGCACCUCACCUGCCUGCCCUUCACCAGCACGUUCUGCGAGAAGUACGACAUCGACCAUGUGGUGCACUAGGCUAGCACUCACUAAAGCGCUAGCAGCUAAUGCUAGCUGGCUUUAAAGCCUGGACAUUCACUGAAAUGCUAACAGCUAAUGCGAGGCUUUAGAACCUGGACAGGAAGCGCAGUGGAAAAUACUUUUAAGGGAAAUGGAACUUGAAAGGGAGAGCGCACCUGGUACGAAUGCCCGUAUCCACCCAGGGUAUCUACGCACAUUGACUUCAACAUUGUAAUGCUAUGCUAGUUCCUCUGGAGAGAGAGACUCAGUCUGAGCAUGGUGUUAAAGUGGACUUGGAAUACUAGUCCUAUCGGUUCAUAAACUAUCACGUUAAUACUACAGAGGCCUCUUAUGUGUUACCUUUUGUACUCAUUUUCUACAACACUGGAGGUAUCUAACGCUACGUGAUAUAGCAUUUCAUUAUGUUCAAAUACUUUGAAUUAGCUGUUCAUGUGAGCAUUUAUUAUGGUAUUGAAUACAAGUCAUUCAGUCUGCCACUUGCUGGAGCAUUGUUUGAACUUGAACCUAGUUUUGUGUGCUUUUCAUUACUUUUCCAUAGCACUAUUUUGGGGACCAGUUAAGAGUUAAGAAUUUCUUCCAAUAGCAGUUGCCUUUCACAUCGAAUUAUACUGUACAGACAGUUUCAAUACAAUGGUGUUAUUGUAUCUGUAAAUGAUGGUGUGACCUUCCAAAUCCUGCCUUCCAAUCUGCCUAGGUUAUUUGUAUCAACUGCCACAGGUGCUAGAUAAAUAUACAUCUAACUAAUUCCAAUUUGAACUUUGUCACUGCCCCAAAGACAAGCUGUUAGCCUUUUCAGUUUAAGGGCACUACUAAUUAAACACGUUGACUUGUUCUGGCCAUAAUUGUGCCAUAUCACUGGACAUUGUGUUUUAUAGCUUUGAUACUCAAACAUUAAUUACACAUAAUAUCGUAAGAUUAUAGGAUCUGACUGACAGACCAGAAGGCAGUAUGUGAUCGGAUUGCGCAAACUAGAAAGUCCAUGUUGUUUCACUUCAAACUACGAUGUGCCUGCACUAUAUCUCUACGGUAAUAUAUAUAUAUAUAUAUAUAUUAGUAAUUAUAGCACUUGAGUGAUAUCAGAGCAAAUUACUACUUAUCAAUGUGUUAUGUGUAUAUAUUUCAAAGCCGAACGAGAAUCUGUGUACUGCGUGCCUUGAUCAAUGGCCAUUGAUUCACGAAAGGCUGCUAGUCACUCUUGCCAUUACUGAUAUCAAAAUGGCCAACAGAAUUUCUGCCAUCCUGGACUGCUCCUGGUCUCUUGGAUUAUGACCCUCUCCUCUGGCAGAUGUCCACUCUUCACUGCUUAGGACGUUUCCUGAGAGGUGGAUUUCUAUGCUUUGUUAAGUCACUUUACUCACCAGCAGUCAACUGGUGGUCGUUAAUGGCCGACUAUGUCAAUAACAUGGAAUUCUUCAUAGUGGUUUUGGUUGGACGAUCGUUGAGUACUGUUUCACGUUGUUUUGUCAUGUGGGCAUUUAAAUGGUUGUGAACUUGUUUAAUUUGCUAGGAAUCUGUCCCUCCCUUUUCUUUUUAUGUGAACACUUUAGCACAGUCUGGUCCUCUUCAUAGGAAUUCACAGUGCCUUCUGAAAUGUGUGUACGCCUUGAAUUUGAGUGUCUGUAAAUCGGCAAGCAUAAAUGCAUAAAUAUGUAAAUGCAUUUGGACCAAAUUGAUUAGUUAUUUAUUGGAUUAAAAAAAGAAUACUUUGGAAUUUGCUCUUUUACUGAGAUAUUGUUAUAUAUUAUUGCUGCAGUUUAAGAUGUUACACUUGUGUAUGUACAAAUUCAGACGAUGUCCUUAAAAAUAAAUGUACAUUUAAUCAUG